CCCAAGCACUGCUCAAUCGUGAUAGGUCAAAGCCUUUUACUCCACUUCAGGAAACGUCCGCAGACAACGUGUGAACACAAUAAACAAACGUGAUUUAAGCGAAACAUAAGUGCACCAGCUCUUCAAAAGAGGAUAUUUCAGGUCAAAAUGAGCGUUGGGUUCAUCGGAGCAGGUCAGCUGGCUCAUGCUCUGGUGAAGGGCUUCACAGCAGCAGGUGUGAUCGCCACACACAGGAUAACAGCAAGCUCUCCAGAUACAGACCUGCCGACUGUCAUUGGGCUAAGAAAAAUGGGAGCAUACUUCACCACCAGUAACAAAGAGACAGUGAACAAGAGUGAUGUUCUGUUCCUUGCGGUCAAGCCACAUAUCAUCCCCUUCGUUCUGGAUGAGAUCGGGCCAGACAUCGAAGACCGUCAUCUCAUUGUGUCCUGUGCUGCAGGAGUGACGAUCAGCUCCAUAGAGAAGAAAUUGCUGCAGUACCGGCCCACACCUAAAGUGAUGCGCUGUAUGACGAAUACUCCAGUGGUGGUGCGUGAAGGGGCCACGGUGUACGCCACGGGCAGCCAUGCACAGGUGGAGGACGGGAAGCUCCUGGAGCAGCUAAUGGCCAGUGUGGGCUACUGCACAGAGGUGGAGGAGGACCUGAUUGAUGCCGUCACUGGCCUGAGUGGCAGCGGCCCGGCCUAUGCGUUCCUAGCUGUGGAGGCUCUCGCUGAUGGAGGGGUGAAGAUGGGACUCCCCAGAAGACUAGCUGUGCGACUUGGAGCUCAGGCCCUUCUUGGGGCGGCAAAAAUGCUGCUGGAGUCCGAGCAGCACCCCGGACAGUUGAAAGACAACGUGGCUUCGCCUGGAGGUGCUACGAUCCACGCUUUGCAUGUCUUGGAAAGCGGCGGCUUCCGAAGCCUCCUGAUCAAUGCUGUGGAGGCAUCAUGCAUUAGAACAAGGGAGCUUCAGCACUUGGCCGAUCAGGAGAAGAUUUCUCCCGCUGCCAUAAAGAAGACGACUCUGGACAAGGUUCUUCAGCAGCCGGGUGUGACGGCAUCAGGGGUCGGUGUUAGGACCGGACUCAACCUCUUUAACAGCAGCACCUCCAAACACAAGAAAAACUGAACUUCAUCAGCACCACGGCUGGUUGAAGGGUAAAACCACUCCAGGAACUGCAGAUUAGACACUAAAACACCAAAAAACGUUUUCAGUUGUUCUCAGAUAAACUGGUUAAUGAGGUUUUUUUUUUAACUGCACGGUGUGUUCUCUUAAUUUUCUAUAUUGUGCUUUAGCAUUAUGCUGGUUUGGACCAACUCUAAGCAAUAGUUUCUCUUGAUAUACACUGUAAACUAUACACUGUUUGGAUUUAUUAAUCUAUGUCUGAUCUAGUCAGAUCAUACUGUAUUUUGCAAAGUGUAUCGGGGCUGACUUGAAUAAUUAAAGCAUUUAUAGUUGGAUUUCU